CUAUCCCCUCCUUCGCCUCACUCAGCUGACCUGAGCCACUCAUCGCCAGAUGCCCGCGUCCACGGCCGCGCCGCCCUACGCGGCGGCGAUGGCGGCGACGCCGGCGGGCAACGGACCCCUCGUCUUCUUCCUGCAGCCGCUCUUCCUCCACGGCGUGGCCGCCGUGGCCCACGUCCUCCUCGCGCUCGCCGUCGCGGGGCACGUGCUCUUUCGCCGCUCCGGCGCCGGCCGCGCCAAGGAUGGGGAGGUGCGGGGAGGAGGCGCCUAUCGGGGCGGCGAAGGCGGAUUCCGGUGCUAUGGGGUCGCGGUCUUCAUCACGUGGGCUCUGGCGGCGUUCGAGGUCCUGCACGCCGCGUACUCGUGCUACCUGGACGUUGGCGGCGCCGGGUGGUCGCGCGACGCGGUCUCGGACCUGGUGGACGCGGCCUCGCGCGCGGUGGGGUGGCUGCUGCUCGCGGCGUACCUGCAGUUUGAGUUCGGACGGCGGCGCCAGGAGCGGUUCCCCGCGCCGCUCAGGCUCUGGUGGGCUUUGUACCUGCUUCUCUCCGUGCUCGUCGUCACCGUCCACGUGGCGACGAGACUCGACGGGCGCCCCGUGCCCGCGCACUCGUGGGCGCUCGACGCCGUCUCGGUUGUUGCGGCCGUGGUUCUGCUCUUCGCUGGGUUAUUUGGCAAGAGGGAGGGAGGUGGCUCUGCUUCCGAGGAGCCUCUGCUGAACGGCGCGCAUGAGAGGGCCGAAGAGGACGGCCGCAGCGCCACCGAGGCGUCCAUGUUCACCGGCGCCGGCUUCCUCAGCGCGCUCAGCUUCUCGUGGAUGGGGCCUCUGCUCGCCGUCGGCCACAAGAAGACCCUCUGCCUGGACGACGUCCCGGGCCUGGACCCCGGUGACAGCGUCGCCGGCCUGCUCCCGACGUUCAAGGCCAACCUCGAGGCGGUCGCCGCUGACGUCUCCGGCUCCGGUCGGAAGGUCGUCACCGCGUUCAAGCUCACAAAGGCCCUGGUGCGGACCGUGUGGUGGCACGUCUCGGUGACCGCGUUCUACGCGCUGGUCUACAACGUCGCCACCUACGUCGGCCCGUACCUCAUAGACUCCCUGGUGCAGUACCUCAACGGCGACGAGAGGUACGCGAGCAAGGGGCAGCUCCUUGUCCUCGCCUUCAUCGUCGCCAAAGUGUUCGAGUGCCUGGCGCAGCGGCACUGGUUCUUCCGGCUGCAGCAGGCUGGCAUACGCGCUCGGUCCGCGCUCGUCGCUGUCGUGUACCAGAAGGGGCUUGCGCUCUCAAGCCAGUCGAGGCAGAGCCGCACGAGCGGCGAGAUGAUCAACAUCAUCAGCGUCGAUGCCGACCGUGUCGGCCUCUUCUCAUGGUACAUGCACGACCUCUGGCUGGUACCACUGCAAGUAGGCAUGGCGUUGUUUAUCCUAUACUCCACCCUCGGGCUCGCCUCACUCGCCGCGCUAGGCGCCACAGUGGUUGUCAUGCUUGCUAAUGUGCCUCCGGGGCAAAUGCAAGAGAAGUUCCAGCAGAAGCUGAUGGACUGCAAGGAUAUCAGGAUGAAGGCAACGUCCGAGAUCCUGCGCAACAUGCGGAUUCUGAAGCUGCAGGGGUGGGAGAUGAAGUUCAUGUCCAAGAUCAUCGAGCUGAGGAAGACGGAGACCAAUUGGCUGAAGAAAUACCUCUACACAUCGACCAUGGUCACUUUCGUGUUCUGGGGCGCCCCGACCUUUGUUGCAGUAGCGACCUUCGGGGCUUGCAUGCUCAUGGGGAUCCCAUUGGAGUCUGGGAAGGUGCUAUCUGCAUUGGCCACGUUCCGUGUGCUGCAGGAACCAAUAUACAAUCUUCCCGACACGAUCUCGAUGAUGAUUCAGACCAAGGUGUCUCUUGACAGGAUAGCAUCCUUCCUAUGCCUCGACGAGUUGCCAACUGAUGCUGUGCAGAGGCUAACAAGUGGUAGCUCAGAUGUUGCAAUUGAUGUUAGCAAUGGGCUCUUCUCUUGGGAGGCCUCACCUGAAGUACCAACGCUGAAGGACCUGAACUUCCAAGCUCGGCAAGGUAUGCUUGUUGCAGUUUGUGGAACGGUCGGCUCCGGCAAAUCAAGCUUGCUAUCUUGCAUUCUCGGUGAGAUACCAAAGUUAGCAGGAGAGGUUAGGACUUGUGGGACAAUGGCAUAUAUCAGCCAGUCAGCAUGGAUACAGAGCGGCAAAAUUCAGGACAACAUACUGUUUGGCAAGGAGAUGGACAACGAGAAGUAUGAAAGGGUUCUUGAGUCAUGCUCGCUGAAGAAAGACUUAGAGAUCUUGCCAUUUGGUGACCAGACAGUCAUUGGAGAGAGAGGAAUCAACCUUAGUGGAGGGCAAAAGCAAAGAAUUCAGAUAGCCCGUGCUUUAUAUCAGGAAGCUGACAUCUAUUUGUUCGAUGAUCCAUUCAGUGCAGUUGAUGCUCAUACAGGAUCCCACCUUUUCAAGGAAUGCUUGCUUGGGGCUUUGGCUUCAAAAACAGUGGUUUAUGUAACUCAUCAGAUCGAAUUCCUACCUGCAGCUGAUCUCAUUCUGGUCAUGAAAGAUGGCAGAAUAACACAGGCAGGCAAAUACAACGAAAUACUUGGUUCAGGGGAAGAAUUCAUGGAGCUGGUUGGUGCUCACAAGGAAGCUCUUACAGCAUUGGAUGCUAUCGAUGCUGCAAAUGCUGGCGAUGUGGCCUCGCCUUCCAGUGGCACAGCGAAGCUGUCCAGGUCACUCUCAUCAGCUGAGAAAAAGGAUAAACAGGACGAUGGAAAUGCUCAGAGUGGGCAGCUGGUGCAGGAAGAAGAAAGGGAGAAAGGCAAGGUGGGGUUUUGGGUCUACUGGAAGUACCUCACCUUAGCUUAUAAGGGAGCUCUUGUACCGUUCGUGUUGCUUGCGCAGGUACUUUUCCAAGUACUUCAAAUUGCGAGCAAUUACUGGAUGGCUUGGGCUGCUCCCGUUUCGAAGGACGUUGAGCCUCCAGUGAGCAUGUCAACACUGCUAUAUGUUUAUGUCGCUUUGGCUCUUGGAAGCUCGUUGUGCGUCCUCGUAAGAGCACUGUUUCUUGUAACAGCUUCAUACAAGACAGCAACUCUUUUAUUCAACAAGAUGCACAUAUCCAUAUUCAGAGCUCCUAUGUCUUUCUUCGAUUCCACUCCGAGUGGGCGCAUCUUGAAUAGAGCUUCAACUGAUCAAAGCGAAGUGGACACCAGCAUUGCUUACCAGAUGGGCUCUGUUGCAUUUGCCAUCAUACAACUUGUUGGAAUUAUUGCUGUGAUGUCUCAUGUUUCAUGGCAGGUCUUUGUCGUUUUCAUUCCUGUAGUUGCUGCAUGUUUCUGGUAUCAGAGAUACUACAUUGAUACAGCCAGGGAGCUGCAAAGGCUAGUAGGUGUUUGCAAAGCUCCUAUCAUACAGCAUUUUGCAGAAUCAAUAACAGGGUCCACUACCAUCAGAAGUUUCGGCAAGGAAAAUCAGUUUGUAUCAGCUAAUAGCCAUCUAAUGGAUGCCUACUCUCGACCGAAAUUCUACAAUGCUGGAGCGAUGGAGUGGCUUUGCUUCCGUCUGGAUGUGCUGUCAUCUCUUACAUUUUCCUUCUCUUUGAUAUUUUUAAUCAAUCUGCCGCCCGGUCUCAUCGAUCCAGGGAUUGCUGGCCUUGCUGUCACAUAUGGGCUUAACCUGAACAUGCUGCAAGCAUGGGUUGUCUGGAGCAUGUGCAAUUUAGAGAACAAGAUUAUAUCAGUAGAAAGAAUUUUGCAAUAUAUAAGCAUUCCUGCAGAGCCCCCUCUUUCCAUGUCAGAAGAUAAGUUGGCUCAUAACUGGCCAUCUGAAGGAAAAAUUCAGCUCGACAACCUCCAUGUGAAAUACGUCCCACAACUGCCAUUUGUUCUGAAGGGACUUACAGUCACCUUUCCUGGAGGACUGAAGACCGGUAUUGUUGGAAGAACAGGAAGUGGUAAAUCAACCCUCAUACAGGCUCUUUUCCGUAUUGUGGACCCAACUAUCGGUCAGAUACUAAUAGAUGGCGUCGACAUUUGCACCAUUGGGCUGCAUGAUCUGAGAUCUAGACUGAGCAUCAUUCCGCAAGAACCAACAAUGUUCGAGGGAACUGUAAGGAGUAACCUUGAUCCUCUUGGGGAGUACAACGACAACCAAAUCUGGGAGGCCUUGGACUACUGUCAGCUAGGGGAUGAAAUUAGGAAGAAGGAGCUGAAGCUUGACUCACCAGUGAUAGAGAACGGUGAGAACUGGAGCGUCGGUCAGCGUCAGCUUGUCUGUCUUGGUAGGGUAAUUCUGAAACGGAGUAAAAUCCUAGUCCUGGACGAAGCUACUGCUUCAGUGGACACUGCGACAGACAACUUGAUCCAGAAGACACUUCGGCAGCAAUUCUCAGAGGCGACGGUCAUCACGAUCGCACACAGGAUCACGUCGGUCCUCAACAGCGACAUGGUCUUGCUCCUUGACAACGGUGUGGCCGUGGAGCGCGACACGCCGGCGAAAUUGCUGGAUGACAAGUCGUCUCUGUUCUCAAAGCUCGUAGCGGAAUACACGAUGAGGUCGACGCACACGUAGCCAGCAGCUGAAAGGUUGCCGCUUCUCUUCUUCCACGCCGUUGAGGCAGGCUGACAAGUCGAUGAUGCCGAAAAAAUAAUACUGACCGCGUUAGUGCUAAUGCAUAGGGCGUGUUGUGAUGCUGAGGUUCAGGCAGGGUGAGUCCGGCGUUUAGAAAUCUAAUGGAAGUAGUGCUCAUGUCUGAACGUACAGCAUAAAUCAUUAGAGAAAUAACCUAGUCCUUAAUAUCAUGUGAUUUGACCACGGACCAUACUCACGGGGAAGGAAUGCUCAAAGAUUAUUGCAACACAGUAUUUGAUGGAUGGUAUCGCGUCUGAAUAAAAUAGUGACGUGUUUGGAUGUCGGAGAAGAGAACAUACUCUCCAUUUAUAAAUACAUAUCGUUUUAGAUAA